CAACCAUGUACCAUGCCUCUGGGAUGAUAAUAGGGUGUGCUGGUAGUGGGAAAACAACAUUGUUAGAGAGACUGAAGGGUAAUGACGUGGCCGAAAUUAAACAGAAGACCAAAUCAACGAGAGGAAUUGACAUACAUACUGACAUCUUUGAUGUGUCAGACACCAUUAAUGUUAACACAUCAGUUCAUAAACAACACUUCAAGGCAACGUUUGAUGAAAUCAUUCAAAUUCAAAAUGUUCUUGAACACUCCCAGAAAGAAACUAAUGAACAACAUAUUGAAGAACAAGUGGAGAACAAAAAACUUGUCAGUGAAAAAAUAAGUGUCAAACAAACGUCAAAGGACAACCCGAACCCGAACCCUGGCACUGAUUUAUCGAAAAAUGUCACAUUGCCAGAAAAAUCAGCUGAAAAAAAUGAAGUUAGUCCGAAUGCUGAUAAAGAUUCUAUAUCAGAAAUUUUACGUAUUUCAAGUAGUGAUUCUGAUGAUCCUGAGAAAAGAAUCACUAUCCUGGAUUUUGCUGGACAGUGUGCAUAUUAUGCCACACACCAGGUUUUUAUGAGUCCGCGGGCAUUCUUUAUUUUGGUACUCAAUAUGGAGAAAAAGUUUGAUGAUCAAGUCGGAGAAGAAGAAUGUAGCCAGACAGGUUCCAUUUUUAAAAAAUGGACACACAGGGAUUAUCUUAAAUUUUGGGUGAAGUCCAUUCAUCAGUACAGCAGUGAUAAAGCACCUGUUCUCCUCAUAGCCACACAUGCCGAGGAAAAAACAGAGGAGGAGGAAGCAGCCUUUUUUAGAGAGAUAUGGAAGACUUUAGAAACAAAGGACAAAUCCUUACAAAGGCAUCUUAAUGUUAAAAGGCAGUUUUCAGUUGGAUUUCAUGACAGUGACAACAUUGAGAAAAUUAAGAGUUCAAUUGCUAAAAUCGUUCAAGAAAUGGAUCAUUGGGGGAAAGAACUGCCACGCUCAUGGGCUAUGUUUGAAAACUUCUUUCAGGAAAAAAAGUCGCAGAGGAUAAUGCAUAAAGAAACUCUUAAGGCUUUCAACGAUGCAUUGCCACAGGAAAUCAAGCUCCGAACUGUUAAAGACAUCAAUGUGAUGCUGCAGUUUUUCCACGACAUCAGGGAAAUUUUAAACUUCAGCCAGGAGUCCCUGAAUGAAAUAAUUAUUCUUGAUGUUCAAUGGUUUGUGAAUGCAUUCAAGAACGUUAUAACUGAUAAAAAUCAUGCAGAAGAGGAUUUAUUUGAAUAUGCCUCCGAAUGGGAAAAUUUCAAUAAAACAGGAGAAUUGAAUGACACUUUGCUGACAGCAAUUUGGAAAAUUAAAGAUGAUGGUUACAUGAAACAUAAAAAAGAUAUCAUGUUAUAUAUGGAGAAAUUAGGGUUAGUAGCUAAAUUAGAUGGCUUAACGUGGUAUGUUCCAUGUAUGAACAAAAGGCCCUUUCCAUCAAAUCACUUUAAGUCCUACCCUUCAUCAUCGAUCCUUUGUUACACCUUUCACUUUCUUCCAGCAGGAAUUUUCCAACGCCUUGUAACUGCAUGUUUGCAAAUUCCUUGGGAGUUUGCUUCAAGCAAAAGCGGACCAUUCAUUUAUCAAAAUGUAGCUGUAUUCCUAUUCGAUAACCAUAACAUUUUGCUCGGAAUGACUCAGACAGAAAUUCAGUUGCAGGUUUUUGUCAUAGAAGGAAAAGUUGAUACAGCAAAAUGUCAGGUAAUAAAGACAGAAAUCGACAAAAUGUUGAACAAUCUGUCCAUGACAUUCCAUGCAGACUUAAAAUAUCAGCUCGCAUUUAAAUGCAAACCUUUGGGAUUUUGUAACGACAAAGAAAGUAGUGUGAUUAAGGAAUCUGACUUUAGAGGAUCAAGUUUCCAGUGUUUGUCCUGUCCAGAAGAGAAAAUGCAUUUUAUUGAUAAACAAGCAAUCACAAAAUAUUGGGUACAGAUGUCUAAGUAUGAAGGAGAAUGUAAGGACUUUAACUUAGAUGGAACCCAUGGAAGCAGAGCAUCAAAAGAUUUACUAGCAACAGAUAAAUCCAACGCAAAUAUCGACAGGAUAAGGAAGUUAUUGCAAGUUGGAACGGAUGCAGUACGAGUUUGCUUUGAUAAAUUCUUCCCAAAGGAGGAUUUAGAGAAGACUUUGAAAGAUAAUGAAACAAACAUAAGAAGAGGACAGUUCCGUUUCCAACCACCUCAAUUAGAGAUUCUUUUCCCUACACAAGAUGGAUCCGCCACUGGGGUUUCAUCUUUAUCUAUGGACGUUACCAUCAUGUAUAAAUUGUUGAGGAAUUUCUCUGACAUUGCUCCUCCUGGGAAUGGAUGGGGAAAAGAGCCUAGAAUAGUGGACAUUACAGAGAGUGAUGACAUAGAAAGAAUCCGUUUAUACAGAAAUAAAUACAGUCAUGAUCCAGGAAGUAGACCUGUGAUAAGUGAUGAUGUGUUCAAUAUUAUCUGGACUGAUCUUUCUCAGGCUUUAAUAAGACUCAGUGGUGGUGUUUUGGAAAGAAGAAUCAAUGAAAUAUAAUUAUGGAAUAUGCUUACAUCAAUUAAUAACCUUGAUGUUUGUAAAGACUUGCUAUCAAUGUGAUUACUACUGCACAGAGCUGGAAAUGUACCCAAAAUCAGAAAAUACAAUAAUCAUUUUUGUGAAAUAAUGAAACAAUGAUUUUUUUUUUUUUUCUAUAAAUGAAAAAAAAAAUAUUUUCGUUAUUGCUAUCUGAUUAAAGAUAAAGAAAAGUUUUGCGCAGUUUUAAUUUAUCUGUUAUGCGUCCUUUUUUUCAGAGAGGGUUUAUUGAUUUGAAUUGAAUAUGAUACCAACAAAAGUUUUUCAGUGGAAAGUUGAUUUAACUUUGAAGAAGUACAAAAGUAAAUACCUUAAUCUUUAAAAUCAUCAUGAUCAGGAUAUAAAGCGAAAAUAAAGUGUAACUGAUCAUGUAAUUGACACUGCUUGGCUUAUAUAUAUCUAGUAAUAUUACAGCUGUAGCGAGGAAUUCAAAGGACAUAUGAAUACCCUGAUCUUCUCAAGAAUCGUCUUUUAAACAGUAUUUUACUUCUUAUACAUAUAUAUCAGCUAAUGAGAAAUGUAUUUACAUUGUAUUAUAAUGAUUAAAUAGUCAUUUAGACCCUCUUGUAUCAUUUUGUUAUAAUUUAUAUAAUCAGAAGAAAUCAUUUUCCUACAUAUUAUAUAAUACAUUUUGUUCAGUCUGAUAAAAUAUCAUAUCGUGGCUGACUUGAUUGACUGAUUUACUCUUUCUCUGUCAUUUAAGAAAAG